CCCAACCACAACCAUUUUGGUGCUACGAUAAUUGCAGCUGAGCUUUUGUGAGACAGGCCAGUCAGUUACGCGAGUGCAUCUAGAAUGCAAUUUCAGUUGCACCUGCUAGCAGAAACCAAUAACAAAGUCUCGUUUCGCUUUCCUGCGAAAUUUCAGCUGAGAAGUGGAGUUUUCUUUUUCUUUGUUUUAUUUUCUUCGCUGACUCUGUAAAUCUCAAAUUGUGUCGCAGUUGCCUAAAUGGCCGAAAUCAAAGCAAUGGAGCAUCCAUCGUUAAAGGUACCGUACGAAAUACUGAACAAGCGUUUUCGUAUCGCACAAAAAACGCUCGACCGUGAGCUGAGCCAGAUACAGAACGUUGCCUCGGAGCUGGAGAAGGGCCUGUCGGAGGGCACGGCCAGCUCGGAGAUCUCGCGCUUGCUGGGUGGGGUGGUCGAACGCCUGCAGGUGCUGAAGCGCAAGGCCGAGGAAAGCAUUUCGGAGGAGCUGUCGGCCGGGUACGUGUGCAAACGUCGGCUGGAGCACCUGAAGCAGAACGUGAACCCACCGGUGGACGCCACCACGCUGGAGCUGCAGGCCGCCGCAACGAGCCAGUGGAAGAAGAUCCGGCUCGAUCGCAUGAUCGUCGAACACUUUCUGCGUCUCGGCUACUACGAUACUGCCGAACGGUUGGCCGAACGUAGCGGCAUCCGGGAUCUGACCAAUUUGGACAUUUUCCAAGUCACGCGCGAGGUGGAGCGCGACCUGGUGAACCAUUGCACGGCCAAGUGCAUCGCCUGGUGCAACGACAACAAGUCGAAGCUGAAGAAGAUCAAUUCCACCAUCGAGUUCCAGCUGCGCGUGCAGGAGUUUGUCGAGCUGAUCCGCGAAGACAAGCGGCUGGUGGCGGUGCGCCACGCACAGAAGUACUUUCCGGCGUUCGAACACGAACAGCUGAAGGAGAUCCGCCAGUGCAUGGCACUGCUCGCUUUUCAGGUGAACACGGAGGUCGAACCGUACAAGACACUGUUCGAUCCGCAGCGCUGGCACGACCUGGUGCUGCACUUCCGCCUCGAAAACUAUCGCCUGUUUCAGCUGCCGUCCCAGUCGGUGCUGAGCGUGGCCGUACAGGCCGGCAUAUCGGCCCUGAAGACACCGCAGUGCUACUCGUACACCUCGAAAAACAUGAACUGUCCCGUGUGCCAGGAGAACGUGAACGAGAUUGCCGAGAACCUGCCCUUCUCACACUGUGCCCAGAGUCGACUGAUUUGCAGAAUUACAGGCAAACCGCUGAACGAACACAACCUACCGAUGAUGCUGCCGAAUGGGCAGAUCUUUGGCCAGCAGGCGAUCGAACAGAUGCGGCGCGAAAACGACGUUCUCGUUUGCCCGAAAACGAACGAAUCGUUCCGUGCGCCAAAGAUCGAGAAAGUCUUCGUUAUGUAGUAGCUUUACGCGUGGCAAGCAACGCUAUGAUGAACAACCCACAUUCUCAUUCGGCCUCGGCUUCGACAACCUUCCGGCGGUGGUAGUCCCCGUGGUAGGACUGUUCCCGUCUCAAAAUUCCGCAAUACCUCUCACGAACACGCCGUCGGUUUUGCUGUUUAGCUUCCCAAUUGUCGGUUGUUUUUUCACAGAAGUUCACCAUUCUUUUCACAAUCCGGUCACAGCUUCUAAGUUUACGUGGCUUUUAUUUUAUGGUUUGCUGUUUUGAGAUUAUUGCUUGUUGUGAUUGAUUGUAUUUUUCGCAAACGUUUGAUAGUUCAGCUGAAAGGUAGAAGUAACUUUUUGUCUAUUUCUUAAAACAUUUAAACACACCUUUUCUUAGGGUUAAGUUUGCCAUUUAAAACAAGCGGCGCUAAAGGAUUCGCCAGUGGAAGAUUCUUUGUAGGAGAAAAAUUUUAAUUUUCAUUUCAAUCUCAUCCCCGGUGGUUCACACAAAGCAAAAGAUGUGCGUUACGUGACCAUAACCGUUAGUCAUGUAAAAUUAUUAUUUACUUUUUAUACUUGUCUCCAGAACCAACUGAAUGGCUGGAAGCUUUCGCGAGUACGGAAUGCGAAGUAAGAAUCCGAAACGACAGUUGAGAAAUCUGCUUGGCCGGGAAUCGCAUUAGAUAGGAAAGCGGACGAAUACAAAACAAAAUAUACAGAUACCCCUAUUGUCCACAUGCAUGCGGAAUAAUAAUAGAGCUAAGCGAAGACAUGUAGAGUAGGCGAUAGAUAUGAUAAGUCAAAUCAAACCGGACAGCGGAUUCGCACCGACAUGAAGCAAUUUUUGCUGCGGCAGACAUAUAAUCAGCGAAGAGCGGAUACGAAAUCAUCGUACAGUGCGCGAAUAUAUAAAAAAACGAUUAAUUUUGCAUGAAACAUUCUUACGAAAGCGCGGGCCAAGGCCAACAUUCAAGAGUAUUGACGGAAAAUAAUGCGAUAUUAAGAUUGAAAUUUCGUUUGCUAUAUUUAAAAUAAAAUGAAAUGAAAUCAUUUCUUACAACAGCGUGCGUUAGAGUGGUGGCCAGCCAUGCUUUGGUUCACGAUGUAUUUUGCUCCCCGUGCUUCGGGUAAA